GACAAGUUCUUGGCCAUUAUCUCUCCACUACAACCUCCAUGAUUGGUUUUGGUUUUUAAGGAGCUGCGGGCUUCCAGAAUGUGAACUAUUGUAAUCUGUUGUGGGACGACAAUAAACAGUGUACUUCCUUGAUGAAUAAGUCUACCAUGACAAGCAAAAUACAAAACAUCUGGGAGUCUCUGUGGAUGAGGGAUGGCAUAAAGCCUUGGUGGUACCCAAAGAAGAUGGGCCCCGUGGUCUGUUUGGGAAUGGUUUUGGGACUUCUCCCUCGAAAUCGGGAUGGUUACUGGUCGUUUUGUGUGGCCUAUAUUACAGGAUCCAUAUGCCUUCUGAUCUUAACAGUUUUUUGGGUUAUAUUCUUUGUUUUCAUGGAAGUGUGCAUUAAUGGUGAGCAGAGUGACGUCAAGAGCCUGUGUGAAAAUUCUGCUUGCAUUGCCCUUGGGGUAACGGCAUUUCACAACAUGAUCUGGUUCUGGUCCCACUCUCGGACUGUGCGAAGCUUUCUGGUGAAAUGCAAGGAACUGGAGGUAUGGCAGAAGGUGGGAAGAAAUAUAGGAUACUGCCCCUUACUGCUGCUGCUGCUUACCUCAUUUGACUCCUUGCUUCCUGCACUGUGGUUUAUAGGUGACCUAACUUUCUGCACCUCACCAUUUUGGACUAAGGUUUGUAUACUCCCCUGCUACUGGUUCCUGAGAGUGACAGCUGUGUUCCCCAUCCUGCUAUAUAUAGCAGUAGCUGGCUUCUUGAAAGACUAUGCAGCCUACCUGGGGACCAGGAUAGAAAUCACAGCAAGGCUUGUGGAUACGGUAAAGGAAGGAGCCAGGGCCAUGCCGAUGGGAACAUUUGGACGGGGAGGCACAUUGGAUAGUCGAAGGAUAGAAUUAGCUAGGGCAACAAGGAAGAAGUCGGUUGAGGAUCAAGAUAACCUAGAUGAUGCAUUGGAUGAAGUUAUCAGAGAGUGGCGCCAUCUGUCUGACCUUCACGAUCGCUUGGCUAAGGUGUUGAGCAUGCCACUACUAUGUGCCUCGGCUUAUCAAACAGUGAUGGUCAUUGUGGGAGCAUUCUUCUUAACUGAUGCAACGACUCUCCUGAAGAUUCUGACUUGUGUGUUGAUGAUGGUGACUGCCAUCACCUUGCUCUAUGUUCAGGGUUAUGCAGCCGAUUCCUUCCUCCAACAGACACUGUACUUCCAUCAAGCUGUGCGCCAGAUGCAGAUCACCCUGCUGUCACCUCGUGUCAACCUGGCCGAUAGCUCGUUGAUUGAGCAGGUGUUGCAACUGAUUGAUGAUGCCGGGAACCCCUUGGAGAUGAACAUGUGUGGGCUCUUUAUUCUCUCCUGCUCAAACUUCUUACCAACUGUUGGAGCAAUUGCAUCAAACCUGGUGGUUCUUCAGCAGUUUUAUCUACCUAAAUCAAACCAACAAGAUUCUCUGUAGCUACAGUUUCACAACAUUGUUCAUAGUCUUUGUUUUCUUAAGUAUGGAAGACAAUAGAAUGUGUAUUACAGAAUUGCCUGAACAACCCGAUAAUAAUUACAUCUUGAAAAUGACAAUGGAAAUGACAACUUGUAUAUUCCCUAAAAAUUAAUUAAAACUACAAUUUUAGUCUAACAUGAUCUGUUGUCCUUUAAAUAUGAUAAAUUACGGAUGGUGUUGACU